AUGGAGACGCUAGCGGUUUGGUGCGAGCGACAGACCGCUUUCUUCACCAAAGCUUUUAAAAAGCGGUACGUGACCUUUGAUCCGGAGUCGCGCAGGCUGUCGUACGCCGAGGAUGAGUGCAAGCCCCCGAAGGGUGCCCUCAUCGUCACAAAGGUGGCGCGGUGCUGCCAGGUGAUGGAGGUGAAGGCGUCCGACCUGUUUACGCUGAUGAUCGACGGGAAACAUGAAGACGGCAAGGAGGAUCAGUGGACUCUCCGCAUGCCAACGCGUGAAGUGUUUGAGGAGUGGCACCAAGCCAUUCGGAGCGUCUGCGCGGCCGCUGGACUCAUGGAACCGUUGAACUUUGGCCUUCCCUUCAUCGAUCCACGGACAAGCUUGCCUUUUGCGCAGGUGCCGCUGGAGCACUUGUUCAGGUUUGCGGUGCUGGAGAAGGCCGUCAUCCACUUUUUUGCAACCGUCACACUUGUAACCGCCACUACGGGAAAGGAGAGCCAUCCGGCGCGCCACCAUCUUGUGGUGGGGGACAAGGCAAUUUAUAUUUUUACCCACAACGCCACCAUUCUGUAUUGCAGCCUUAUCAGUCACAUUCGAAGGAUCUAUCAGGGUCCUGAGGCGACCUUUUUUGCCGUGCAUGUAAAGUCCCCAGAGCCCGACAUUGUGGUGAAGGAUUUUUCGGGAGGCACGCAAGUGGCCUCCAUUCUUGCUAGGCUGUUUUCUGUGACAACAGGCAAAAGUCUCAGCGUCAUGCCCAUCAACGUUCCCACGGCUGAGGUACUUGCGGAGUCGCAGCAGCUGCGGCUCAGUGGAGAUGAGGGGUAUAAACUUCAUGUUGUUUCACCAACCACCAAGAUGCGUCUUCGUCAGGUGAUUGACGCGAACAGGGAUGGAGCAGGUGCAGGCAGCAACAAUGGCCUGAACACAAAUGGGGAAGAUCGAACACCUGCGGUUGACAAGUCUCUCCUCACCGAAGCCGCCACCCCUGGCCCCGCAGACCCACUCACAGCACUACUCCUGACGAUUGGACUGUCGGAGUAUGCUCCAAGGCUGCUGAGUCAGCACGUUGAUUUAGAUGUUCUGCAGUGCAUGGAUGUAUCAGAUUUAAUGACCUUUGGGGUCUCGGAUGCCACUCACUGUCGAAAGAUUCUCGACGCCGCUUCGCAAUUAGACACGGCGUCCCCUGCGGUUGGGACUGAUGCUGCAUUGGACACGCUUACCCCGAAGGCCGCAUAUCCCACUGGCAAAGCUGCAGUUGGUGUCACGCUGAGUGACGACGACGAUGACGACGACAUUCAUCUUCCUCUGCCUCCCCGCAUGGAACUGACGCUGGACGAUGAUUCCGAUGAGGAGCUUCUCCCCCCCGCACCUCCUCCUGUAAAGGUGGCCGGACCACCAGCUAUCGUUCUUGAUGAUGACGACCUUUAA